ACAGAAUUGAAAAAUACAGACGCAUGUACUCAUCGUUUUGUCAAUUUUUGUCUACAUUUAAGGACCAAUGACAUAGGCUAUUCUAAAACUUGAAACAACAUUAUGAAUGAAACAGAUACCAUACAAAAGGAUGCUGCUGUUGGUUCCCUAGUGACAGUUUUAUUUACGUCAUUAGCAGUAAUGUCGGUUUUGAUCGACGUCAUUUAUAUCAUUGUUUGCUUCAAGGCUCUUAAGAAAACAUUUCAUCAUCUUACAAUUUUAGUUUUGUUUUUCAGCGAUAUUACUUUGGGGAUUUCAUCAACAUUGUUUUCGUUAGGAACUUUAGUUACACAUGAACAUGUUGGCUCGUGUCUUCUACAAAUACAGAUUGUUGCUUUUGGCAUGCUAUCAAACUAUUGUUUAAUAUUUCUUCUGUGUUUGCAAAGGUACUUGGUUGUGAGUUCGCAUAACUUUGGAAUAGUUGACACAUUUGAUAAGAACAAAUACAAAUACAUAGGAGGAUCUCUAUGCGUCGUGCUAGUAGUUUCGUUUUGUGGAACUGUAUUGACUCCCCAUGCCGAAUUCAUGCAAAUUUGUAGACCUCCUGUUGUAUAUGGGGAUCAUUUUUAUAUUUUUAUAACUGUAAUUUUUUUACCAAUAUCUGUUGUCAUAUUUCUUUUAUUGGUAAUGUCAGUGAUCACUAGUUUUCGCAUUUGGCAGAUAUAUUUUAAAAGCACAGUUGCCCCUAUGCACGUUAUGAGAGAAAGGAAAAACAAUAUUUGCAAUGUGCAGACUUCUCCAUCCAUAAUUGGACAAGAUUCGGCGACUUCUUCCCAAAAUGUUUCUAUUGGAUCAAAGAGGAACAAAAGUGAGGCAGAUGGUAUUUUAAUCAUGACCGUAGAUAGUAUAGAUAUUCAACUAGAUACCUUGAGUGCGAAAUUGAACUGUGAUAAUACAGUAUUAUCAAAGAAACAUAGCUGUACGCAUGAAGAUAAAGGCAUGAAUGAUUUGAAAAGUAACACCAACAUAUGUUCGACAUCCAAAGAUGUGGCAAUAUCUAUUGAUGCCAAUACACAAUUGCAAAAGUCUUGGGAGAUCCGAGCAUUUUUUACAACUAUCAUUAUUGCCUUCCAAACUGUAGUUUUGACAACACCUUUGGUUGCGUCAUAUUGGAUGGAGGUCUUAUCGAGUACUCCUUUAACACUGCAGGUUCGAAUUAUACUUGUAUUUCCAUUUCUGAUCAACUCAUUAUCAAAUCCUUUUAUUUAUGCUUGGAGAAUACCGGAAAUUAGACAGGAGUUCAGGAGGCUGUUUAGGAUAAACCCUGAAUUAUCAUAAAUAUAUGAUGUCGCCCUAUGUCCCCCAUGGGACGAAUUUGAUUAUGUCAAGUCAUUAUAAAUAUUGAAAUCUAACAAAAGUAUGUUAAAUAUUUUGUAUCAAAAUUGUAGCUAUGUUUUAAAAAAGAAUAAAGCAUAACACUCUAUAGCUAGUGCAAUCAAGUAAAUAGUGGUAAAAUUCAAAGCGUAAUCAGUUAAUAUACAAACCUACUAAUGACACUUCAAAUCUGAAUGCUAUCAUUUCACGUUUUCAUAGUAUAUCAAAUGGUUUGCUUAGUAAGCUUAUAAUUUCUAACAGAUUUUUAUAACCUUGCACAUCGAAAAUUCUGCUGUCCAAGUAUUUGAAAUUCAUGAUAUUAGAUAUGUUAUACUAGUAUAUUCAAACUGUUGAUACACAUACCUUAUGUUUCAUAAAGAAAAGUCAGUUUCCUGUCAACCGCCUACACACAAUAAGCUGGUUUUCAAAUGAAUCAAAAUAACAUGUCAUUACAUUGCCCUGAUUAUAAGGUUUUAUACAUUUUUUUGUACAAAAUCUAUUUAUAAAAUAACAUUUUUGUUUUGUUUUAA